GGGCCCCGGAAGUGCCCCUGCCCGGAGGCCGCUGAGAGCGGAGCGGCGCUGCCGGUUUGUGGCGCCCGGUCACCGCCAUGAGCCUCCGGGCCUCGGUCAGCGAGUGUCUGCGGGACUGGGAGGAGCUGCAGGGCGGCUUCCAGCACGUGCAGGAGGCCCAUAAGCUGUACAAGCAGAAGCUGGAAGAACUAACCAAGCUGCAGGAUGGGAUCUCCAGUUCCAUUGCACGGCAGAAGAAGCAGCUGAAGGAGCUGUCUCUCGCCUUCAAAAACUACAAGUCCUCCAUAACCGCCGAACAGGAAGAGUCCAUUCGGGAGAUCCAGAGCCUCAUCAAAGAGAGGCAGAGCAUCUUCUUUGAAAUGGAGGCGUAUUUGCCAAAGAAGAAUGGGUUGUACCUGAGUCUGGUGCUUGGGAACGUGAAUGUGACUCUACUCAGCAAGCAGGCUAAGUUUGCUUACAAAGAUGAGUACGAGAAGUUCAAGCUCUACCUCACCAUCAUCCUGCUCAUCAUCUCCUUCUCCUGCAGGUUCCUUCUCAACUCCAGGGUGACGGACGCUGUCUUCAACUUCCUGCUUGUCUGGUACUACUGCACCCUCACCAUCCGCGAGUGCAUCCUAAUCACCAACGGGUCCAGAAUCAAAGGUUGGUGGGUUUUCCAUCACUACGUCUCUACCUUCCUCUCAGGCGUCAUGCUGACUUGGCCGGAUGGGCUCAUGUACCAGAUGUUCCGAAACCAGUUCCUCUCCUUCUCCAUGUAUCAGAGCUUUGUGCAGUUUCUCCAGUAUUACUAUCAGAGCGGGUGCCUGUACCGGCUGAGGGCGCUGGGGGAGAGGCACAACAUGGAUCUCACUGUGGAGGGCUUCCAGUCGUGGAUGUGGAGAGGCCUCACUUUCUUGCUGCCGUUCCUCUUCUUUGGCCAGUUCUGGCAGCUUUACAACGCGGUCACCCUCUUCCGUCUGGCCAGACAUCCACAGUGCAAGGAGUGGCAGGUUCUCAUGUGCGGGCUCCCCUUCUUCGUGCUCUUCGUGGGGAACUUCACCACCACCCUGCGGGUCGUCCAGCAGAAAUUCCAGAACCAGAACCAAGAGGCUAAGGCCAAGUGAGAAGAGGAGCUGAUGCUGAGACUGGGCGGGAGGGGGGCUCUCCUGCCCCCCCCUCCCCAGCCUUCGGUCUCGUAGCCAUGCUCCAGGCUGUGCUGUCCGCCACUUCUCACCCCUUGACGUGUGCCCAUUCCUCAGGGGCAGGCCCACAGGGACCUGACUUGGUGCUGAGCUCUGGGGCCUGUCCGGGGAACCUCCGGGGAAUGUGUGUGAUCCAGUAAACCAAGCUGCUGAAGUCUAAUGCACAUGCCUGAGGCGAGGCUCCCUCACAAUCCUGGCCCUGGGAAAUGCUGCUUUUGGCUGGAGCCGCUGUGCACCUGCUGCGAUCUCCCCAGAGGGCACCGUUGCCAGCCAGGCAGUCAUCCCACUCUGCCCCUGAGGGCAUUCCCCUCCCUUUGCUCCAGAAGUAGGGUGACUAGGGCAGCUACUCAGAUGUUAAUGUGACCCCUUCCUUGGGGGUCAGGCUAAAGCACUACCAUGAACAGCAGCUAGCGCCAAGCAACCAGAGCACUGAAUUGCCCAUGACAGCUGGUGGGGCAAAGCCUCUUACCUGGCUUCUGCUCUGAACCCUCCAGGGGGGCCAGCUGGGCUUAUUCGAAGCUCCCCUCCCCCUGGACAGUGCUGCUGAGACAAGGGGCAAACAGCUCAGCAACUCUUGCUCAGAGACCCAGCCCAUUGCAUGGAAACAGGCUCCUUGCUUAUUUGCUACUGAGUCCCUGCUGGAAGCGUGCGGGCUGGGAGAACCGGCUGCAAGACUGUCCCAGGCCCAUCAUGGGUGUGGAUUCCCCAGGCCUGACUCUUGUGCGAAUCACCUUCUAGGGAUGGAAACGCAUGCUUUAAAAGUGUUCUGACCUCUUUACUACAGUGCUCUGCAUCCUGCGGCCACUAUGCAGCCUCUGCUCCAGCAGGAUGCUUUAAGGGGACUCUGGAGCAUGAUCCUGGAACUGGGGCAGCCUAAUGUCCUAACCUUCCCCCAGAUCAAUUCAUUGGGCAGCAGAGGGAGAGAAGAGAUGCCAAAAAAACUGUAAAGGAAGCAGUGUGUGUAGCUGGUGCUAGAAAGUUGCUUGGGGAUUGAGCUCUGACUUCCUAGCCAGCAGGUUCCCUGUCUCCUCGCUGGAGCAGCUGUGCUUGGCUGGCUUGUGAGCUGCUGGGGGAAGUCUGAGCAGUUACCAAGCUUUGGUUCGGGGAAGUCAUGUCACGGAGGGAGUUGUCGUAGCUGUAUUAAUGUCUGUGCCUCCUUUGAUAGGAAGCUCACCCAUAAUAAAGGGAAGAAGGGGCGAUCCCUUCCCAUGACA